UUAUUCGGAACCUUCCACACUCUACUCUUAAUAACAUUUCACUCUCUCAUUUCUCUCAUUCCUCGUUUUCUCUUCUCCCAUCGUUUCCAUUUUUUUUUGCUAAUUUUCGAUUUUGCUUCUUCCUUGAUUCCCAAGUUAGCGGCAAGUUUGUUGUGUGCGAUGAAGAUCGAGGAAUUGGACGAUGCAGAGUGUAGUAGGGAUGAAGAAGAAAAGUACGAGAGGCAAAUUGUGAGGGUUGAUGCGAAGAGAGCGUUGGUUGGAGCAGGUGCUCGAAUCCUGUUUUAUCCGACACUCUUGUACAAUGUGCUUCGUAACAAGAUUGAAGCUGAGUUCAGGUGGUGGGAUCAAAUCGAUGAGUUUUUAUUACUGGGCGCAGUUCCGUUCCCCAAAGAUGUUCCUCACUUGAAGCAGCUUGGUGUGGGUGGUGUAAUUACUCUUAAUGAACCUUACGAAACUUUGGUGCCAUCAUCAUUAUAUCAUGCUCACGGGAUUGAUCAUUUGGUGAUUCCGACCAGGGACUAUCUUUUUGCUCCCUCUUUUGUGGAUAUCAGCCGGGCUGUGCAAUUCAUUCAUCAGAAUGCAACAUGUGGUAAAACUACUUAUGUUCACUGUAAAGCUGGGCGGGGGAGGAGUACAACAAUUGUGCUUUGUUAUCUGGUUGAAUACAAGCACAUGACACCUGCUGCUGCCCUGGAAUAUGUUCGAUCUCGAAGACCUAGAGUGCUACUAGCACCAUCACAGUGGAAGGCUGUUCAAAACUACAAGAAGCGAAGACCUUGUCCUUUACCGCACUCUCCCUCUGGGGAUGCAGUGCUUAUAACCAAAGCUGAUCUUGAAGGCUAUCAUAAUCCAUGCGAUUCUGGUAUGGAGCUGGCAAUUGUUCCUAAAGUGCCAAAGACUAAGCUCAUGAUUGCAAGAUUAUCUUGCCUGUUUGCAUACUUAAAAGUAUCCGGUAGUAGUGAACCAAUGACCAGGCAGCUGCCAGUUUCUGAGUCACGUGCUUGCUAAGCCAGCUUGAUGUCAAGCUUGUGGCCUGUACAGAAGAUGAUGAUGAUGAAAAUAAGUGAAGUCUGAUAAUUUCCCACAAAGUCGGUGCAAUUGUGUUACAUGAAGAGAGGGUGCAUAGAAAGAAAGAUAGGAGAGAAGAUUUCUCCAAUGCUGUGUUACAGGUUAAGAGGAACAUGUAGUUUUUCUUGUACAUAUAUUUGUCAUUUGCAUGUUUGUUAAUUCAAGUGAAUUCCUCGUGCAAGUUAAAGCAUUAUUUAUGUGAGAUCAACAGAAUGUGUCAGGUGGUGACCAAAUGGUUACUUGUCUUUACUGAUACAAAACCAUAGCCGAUUUCUUUCAUAAAAUGCAUUUGUCUAACUUGUAUGCCAGACGCUGACAGGCUGUUGCAGACUAGCCAGUGUCUACGGCUUAAUUUUUGUUGCCAAAGAAACAGCGGAAUGGGUGUGCAGUGUAUACGGCGUGAACUGUUCCCCACGGAUUGUGUGUUUGUUUGGUUUAUAAUAAUUGACAAAUUAAUCCUGUAUUUUUUAAU